AUUACUGUUUAUUGUAAUCUCUAGCUAGAAACAAAAACACGAAAUAUAUUUGUUAGGUUUUGAAUGAAAAAAAAUUAAUUUUAAAGGCAAUUAAAAGUUUAGUUGUUAUACAAAAUAAAUUCAUUUGAGUUAUAUACCAUAUACAAUCAAAUAGCCGACACAGGAACACGAUUACGCGUUUCUUUAUAAGAGACACAUCAUCGUUUUUGCCAUCGUCCGAGUGAGUUCCAACAAACUGAUUAGGGAAGAGACGGAAGGAAAUAAUUUCUGAUAAUUAAUUUAAAUAGUAAAACAGAGCCAAGGUCAAGUUUGAAAUUUCACAGUAUGAGGUCAAGAGCAGAAUAUAAGUUUAAUUAACAAUGAAAGUAAUGCAGAUAUUUUAAGUGAUAUAUUCAUAUAUACGUUAUCAAUUACACAACGUAAAAUUCGUUGAUCGUUGUGAGGAAUACUUCAUCUACGGUUAGACGGGGAGUGUUCCUUUAAGUAAAUAUGACUACGACGAAACCACGGAAACAGCCUACUGCGAUAUCACGAAUGAGGCAGGAUUACAUGCGUUUGAAGCGCGACCCUUUGCCAUAUAUAACAGCGGAGCCCUUACCAAACAAUAUUCUUGAAUGGCAUUAUGUCGUAAAAGGACCUGCUAAUACGCCUUAUUAUGGAGGAUAUUAUCAUGGAACUUUACUUUUUCCAAGAGAAUUUCCCUUUAAACCACCUUCAAUUUACAUGUUAACGCCAAACGGACGAUUUAAGACUAACACCCGCCUCUGCCUUAGCAUAUCAGAUUUUCAUCCUGAUACGUGGAAUCCAACAUGGUGCGUUGGCACUAUAUUGACUGGUUUACUCAGUUUUAUGCUGGAAUCAACACCAACUUUAGGUUCAAUUGAGACAACGACUUAUGAAAAACAGAGCUAUGCAAGAAAAUCAUUAGAGUACAACUUAAAGGACCCAAUUUUUCGAGAAUUGUUUCCUGAAGUAUGCGAAGAAAUAAACAAAUUAAUACAAGAUGAAAAACAAAAGCUGGCUCUUUUAAAUGGAGAACUUAAUAAGCAAACAGUUAACAAUGUAUUACCUGCAAUAAAUAAUGGAAAUUGCGCUAAUGGAGCGCAUUAUGUUAAAUCAGACGACAGCGAUAAUAAACGAAAAUCUUUGAUAAACUGGCCAGGGCUAUAUUCGAAUUUGGUGAUCGGUAUAAGUUUUUCGAUUUUUGCUUUGGUUGUGAAUUAUGUAAUCAAGAAUCUGAACCAGGAAUAAAGUUUUAGAAGACACGUGUUAAAGAUUUCAGCCGCAAAACACCAGCUAUAUACUUUGAAAUUAAUUUUUAUUGGUAAAUAUUUAUAUUAAUGUAUAUAAUAUGUUUAAAAUUGUAAUAUAAACACAGAAUAGAAAAUACAUACGUAAAUUUCAUUUGUACGACAA